UAUUUAAAACCCAUUCAAGCAUUGUCGGUUACAACAACAAACGACGAGACAUAAUAUAGUGCAAUAUAGAGGGAACACAAAAAUCAAAAUGAUGGAUUUAAGACUGAAUUAUGUUAUUUUAAUUCUAAUGACGUUUGGGGCGGUAAUUCUAGCUCAAAGACUUGAUGAUAACGAAUAUUACUGUGGUAACAAGCCAGCUGACGUCGUAUUUCUACUCGAUUCCUCCAACAGUAUUUGGGGACCGUACUUCCAGAAGCAACUUCAAUUUGUCAAGGAUGUGGUAUCCAUGUUCCAAAUCGGUAAAAACACCACCAGAGUCGGUGUUGUAACUUAUUCAUCUAGUGUUCACAAAGAAUUUUAUCUUGACAAGUUUUAUACAAAGGAGGACGUCUUCUCAGCAAUUCGUAACAUUAAACAGAUGCACGGAUAUGCUACCCAUACAAACAAGGCUAUUAAAUUCAUGAGGGAAAAAAUGUUUUCGUUUCACAAUGGGGCAAGAGAGGAUGUGCCUCAAAUUGGAAUCGUUCUGACGGACGGACAAUCGAGUAAUAUGUUAAUGACAGUGUGGGAGGCCUCCAAAGCCAAGAGACAAAAUAUCCACAUAUUUUCAAUUGGAAUCGGAUCCAGGAUCAAUGCAAGAGAGCUCCGAAUGAUGGCCACACGACCUGCCAGUGAAUAUUAUUUCAGAGUUUCAGACUUCAAUGCACUUCAGAACAUAAAAAACAUUCUGGCUGUCAGAACAUGUAGAGUUACACCAAAACCGACAACGACGACAACAACAACGACAACAACUACUACUCCAGCCCCGACGACGACUUCAUUGCUUCAAGUAGCACGAGAAGUGUGUAAAGAUGGAGUCAGUGACGUCAUUUUUGCAUUUGAUUCUACAACGAGCAUUUCGGACCUGGACCUCGACAAUCAAAUGUCGUUUGCAAAAGAAAUUAUUAACACUCUGAAUGUACAAGGUAAUGGCACUCGAAUAGGAGCCAUCUUAUACAGCGACCAGGUAGUUAACGCUUUGGACUUGAAUGACCUUUAUGACCGAGAUGAUGUCAUAGCAACCCUGGACAAAACCAAAAGAACUGCCGGAAAUAACAGACUGGAUUUAGCCCUCAAACAUAUUCGCACCAAAAGCUUUCGGAGAGGUCUAGCUAGAAGGAAUUCUGCUCAACUCGCUAUUGUGUUCACGGGAUCUCCUUCCACUUAUGAGAAAUAUACAACGAUAGAAGCUCAAAAAUCUAACAACUCUGGAAUUUCCAUCAUUCCUAUUGGUGUAGGGAACUUCGACGUUGAGGAAAUAAAAUCAAUUGCUGGUCCCUCUGGACAUUUUUAUCAAGUGCCCUCUUUCAAGGAUUUAUCUAGCCUUAUUGGAGAGGUGGCUUUGGAAACAUGUAGAGUUCCAAAAGCUGAGACACCCAUACAGGAUCAAGCAUGCGGCUCUCGUCAAGAGGCGGAUAUAAUGUUUAUAUUAGACAGUGUAAACGCGGGUCGCACAAAUACGAAGAGAGCACUGGCCUUCCUCAAAGAUCUUACGAAAGAACUAGCUAUCGAUAAAGACAAAAUUCAGGUUGGAUUGAUGUCGGCUGAAUGUCAACAAGACAGCCCCGGGUUUGCACUUAGCUCUAACAAAAAUGGAGAUGAAGUAAAAGAUGCUCUAACGAAGGCCAAGACGGUAGACUUUUCUGCUUUAAUUAAACAAAUGCGACAUGGAGCAUUUAGUCAUCGCCAAGGGGGACGACGUCACGCAAAGAAGGUGGCGGUACUCGUCAUAGAUGGAAGUCUCGAGAAACCACUUCGAGCACUCACCGAGGCCCAAAGAGCAAAGCUUCAUGGAGUUGAAGUGAUUGUGGUUCAAGUGGGAGAGGACAAACCUCAGGAGGAGGUUCUGAUGAUGUGCGAUUCUCCUUCCAAGGAAACAUUCUUCAAAGUAUCGGAUUACAAGGAUCUUCCGGCAGUGAAACAGAAAAUUUGGGACAGUUUAUGUGAUGAACUUUAAUGUUAAUCUUUAAUCCCAUGUUGUGGCCAUCUUCCUGUUCGAGACUGGAUGCAUUGAUCCACUGCCAGACAGAAGGAACAACAGUUUGUAGACAAAGGAAUGCGGGUCUUCUUUUAAAUACAUGUAGUUCAGUAAAUGUGACUGCCAUCAAUAACGAGAAGUCAUUCACAGGAGUAAAUAUUUAUAGCAUCUUAUUUCUCCAUUAUGUGUCUUAUAAAGGUAUUGCAUAAUAUAUAAAAGCUACCUGCUGUUUACUUCAUUUACACAGUUGAGAAAUUGUACCCGAGAAAAAAUAUUUUUUCCAUAACACUAAACCUCAUCAUAUCAUUCACCUAUAUGAUUUGUUCAUCAAAUUUUCUUUAAUCCAAUAUUUCUAUGUGAUUGUAUAGUACUUUUGUUUAUACGUUAUAUAUUUUUGUACUUUUGUUGUUGAUAUAUUUAUUGUUUAUAUAUUUUAUUCUUUGAAUGAUUCAUUAAACUGGUUUUACAAAAA